CUCAAACUGUCCUUCGCUCCCCUGCCAGAGGGCCUUUCCGCCGCCGCCGCCCUGCCGAUCGCUCGCACAGCGUCUGCCGCUAUGAACGACGACAAUCUGAAGUGGGCCGAGGAGGUGAUCGGGUCCUCGUCGUACAUCCAGCAAGCUCGGCAGGCCCGCAGCCGCUCCGAAUCGCUUCUGAAGGUGCUGCUGACCCAGCGCAGACUGCCCGAGUCGCCGUGGCCCGACUCUAUGAUCACGAUGGUCCUUGCCGAGAUCGCUGGCAUGGACAGCAACAACUUUGACGGGAACAUCGGGCUUGGCGAGCGCGAGUCUCGCAUCUAUUCCUCCCUCGUCUCCAGCCGACAUUACCAUUUCGGCCACGGCAUCGGUCGAUCAGGAGACAUUGCCGAGAUCCAGCCCAAAGCCGCAGGGUCCUCGCUUGUCAUGAAGCUGACCAACGCCAUGGUGCUGGAUGCCAUUCGGAUCUCGGGAGCAACCAAGCAGGCCGCGGCUGCCUGCCAGAUCUUGCCGCUUGCGACAGGGAUGACCCUUGCGCUGGUCCUCCGAACGGUGGCAAACUCCCGUCCAGGAGCCAAGUACGUCCUCUGGCCAAGAAUCGACCAGCGGUCGUGCCUCAAAUCGAUUGUGACGGCGGGACUCAUUCCGAUAGUGAUCGAGAACAUCCUGGACAACGACCAGGUCACCACCGAUCUGGAUGCUGUCGCUGCAGUGAUCGACAAGUACGGCCCAGAGUCGAUCGUAGCCGUCAUGACCACCACCAGCUGCUUUGCGCCCCGAGUGCCAGACAGGAUCGUCGAUGUCGCUGUGCUGUGCAAAGACAGAGCCAUCCCCCAUGUUGUCAACAAUGCCUACGGUCUCCAGUCAUCAAAGUUCAUGCACGCUCUGUCGGAAGGCUGUCGGAUCGGCCGGGUCGACGUCUUUGUCCAAAGCACCGACAAGAACUUCAUGGUGCCUGUGGGAGGUGCCAUCGUGGCGGGACCACACAAGUCGCUCAUCUCGGAUAUUGGAAAAAUGUACCCGGGGCGGGCGUCCAUGUCGCCGGUCAUGGACUUGUUCAUCACACUGCUAUCCAUGGGCUCGAGUGGAUACAAAGACCUCCUUGCGGAACGUAAGAUCAUGUAUAAUACCCUUCGCCACAAACUGCAAGUCUUUGCCGAGCGGCACCAGACGUGGCUGCUGGACACACCUCGCAACGACAUUUCUCUCGCGCUGUCGCUCCAGCCCAUGGACCUGGACGAGCGCAAACAGAGCCCGUCGAUGCUGGGAUCGAUGCUGUUCUCAAGGCUGGUGUCUGGAACUCGAGUGGUGGCCAAAGGCGCAAAGAAGACAGUGUGUGGAAUCGAUUUUGAUGGAUACGGCGCACACAUCGACAACUACCCGGUCUCCUAUCUCAACGUUGCAGCAGCGAUUGGCAUGAGGGAGCCCGAAAUCGACAUGUUCUUUGAACGGCUCGAGAAAGUAUUCAAGGAACUCAAGAUCGGCAGCUACAGGGUGGUCUCGGGCUGAGCGUUCUCCAAUGUCGCUCCUUUGACUUUGCCGAGGGGUGGACACAGUGGAACAACGCUUCUGGAGGACAUCUGGCCCGGCGAGCUGAAGGAAGCAGCGGUCGACACAGGCCGCACCAGUGCUAUUUAUUGAGGGUGCGUAUUGACAGCGAUGUAGUGAGAAAAGCCAAUAAGACAAAGUGACAAAACCAACCAAACCUAUCGCCGUUCUGUGCGAUGGGAGCCAGGC